AUGAUCAACCUCUUUGGCUCCGCUGCCAAAAGCGUUCACACUUGGGCGAGUCGCUCUCGAAGACCCUCAUCUUCAUCAGCUCCUCCAGCUGAACAAACGCAGCUUCCUCUGCCACCACUACCACCACGUCGAAGGACGGCCUCGCCAAUCAUUGUCGAAGACGCCUCCACUGACGGAUCGUCCCUCAAUGACACUAAUGACACCACUAUUCCACCACUCAUCACCAAAGCCGGCUACUCCAGCAGUGAUGACUCUGAUGAUGACACCCAGGGGAAUGUGGGGUCCACCACAGACCCUCUCCAACAAGUUACACCACCACGACGCGUCACUCAAUCCCCAUUUCGCCCAGCGGACCCCACAUCGCUUCCGUAUUAUCAGCCUCCGACACCUAUCUCCCACCUGAGCUCUGGUGUCCCAUCUGCCAUCCGCGCGCAGGUGGACAACGUCAUGGCAGCUCUCGACGGACACAGCCACCUUCAUAGCAGGACGUCGCACCGGUCAACACCCUUCUUGGCCGAAUGGAACAGUCAACCUUCUACCGGCUCUUCUCUUAGCGAUUCAUUCCAGACGGGAGUUGAAGGAUCCUCCACCGGUCCGUCCCUACACUUCUCCAAAGCAACGAGCUCAUCUAGAGCCAGAACCCGUACGUCCUUUGGCGAUGGCUUUGAUUCCAUUCCAAUGGUCAGCGACCACGUCUUCGAGACCACCUCCGGACCAGUCCUUAUCAUUCACGAAAUCCCUCCCUGCGGCUACAGUAGCCAAUUCCUCACCACCAUCAUUAACAAUUGA